AUGAGAAAUCUAUGGAGAGGAGAAGUAAUUCUAAAACGGCAUUUUCAUCAAGAACAAGGAGAUUACGCUUUAGACAAACAUUUCACCAAAAUCCUAAGUACCGGCGACAAAUUUCUGGAACCGGCGUAUAGCGACGUAAUUCAAGAGAAGAAUUUAUUGCAGCCUGUGGAGAAACAUUUGAAACGAAUACCCGGCUCAUCUUCCUUGCAGUGUUACCGACCGGGGCAAGAAAUGUCAUCGAUCGCCGGCACUUACCAACAUGAAAGCAACGAAAAUCUCGACGAAUAUUUCAAAGCUGUGGGUGUACCAUAUAUUCCACGGAAAAUGAUGUGCAUGUCCAGUCCACGACUGGAAAUACUGAACGACAGUGACAAGUGGACCAUUCGUACCAUUUCGAUGAUUCGUACAGUAGAAGUGACAUUUACUCUCGGUGAAGAGUAUGAGGAACACAUGCCAGCUGGAGUCACAUUGAAAAAUGUGACUACAAUGGAGGGAGAUAGUCUUGUGACAGUUUCAGUCGGUCCUGAUAAUAACAAAGUAUUGCGGAAGUAUGCUGUUACAGAGGACGGUGUGGUUUUGACAAUGACCCAUGAAAAUAGUGGCCAAGUAGCGAAACGCUAUUUUAAACGUCUUUCGUAAAAACCUAGUUGCGUAC